GGCAACUAGAAUUUAGCAAGAAAACAAAAUGGCGGCUAUACAAGAGUAAAGAAGACAUGAGCAAUCCGCAGGCUGAGAGCGUUAUUCGUAACAUUAUACAAGAGAUAUGUGCUCGGUGCAGUGGUAAAGGACAGACUAUCUCUGAAACAUUGGCAGCAUUCAUAGUCAAAGCUGCAGUCCUAGAUCCUGAAAAUGAUUUUAAUGUAGACAGAACACUAACAAAAGAUGACGUUGGGAAAUUAAUAGAGAGUUGCAUAAAAAGAUUGAUGGAUUCUGGCUCACCAUCACUAGACACUAUUAAAAUGCAGGUCCAUUUUGACAUGAAUUAUUCAACAAGAGAUGAAUUUCUUAAGGAGCAUCAUCGUGUACUAAACUCAAGACUGCAACCAGUGGUGAGAGAUAUCACUGAUGCUAGAGCUAGGGGAAGGGAUGAACUAGAAGCUUUAUAUAGGAAGAUUGUGUCUUAUGUUUUAUUAAGAUCUGGUCUUGGAUCUCCUAGUGAUAUUGGUGUUGUCAGAGAAGCUACUGGUAAAUAGUCAAUUUUUCCUAGGGUACCCCACAAUGCAUGCUAAGUGAGCUGACUAGCCUAAUAACAGCAUAUGGCUU